AUGGCGAUGUUCAGAAGUUCCAAGGCUUCAAAAUUGCUGUCCAAGCUGGCCACGGAGUCCGAGCCCGGCCUUACGAGUGCACAGUUGAUGUUGACGAACCAGGAUUUGAAACCCGUCGAACCUGAACGUCGUCAGUGGGGACCAUGGAACUUUGUGGGUUUCUGGGUUGCCGACUCUUUCAAUAUCAACACAUGGAUGAUUGCUUCGUCCAGCAUCACAGGCGGUGGUCUUGCAUGGUGGCACGCAUGGCUUUGUGUGUGGAUCGGCUACUUCAUCGCUGCUGUCUUCGUCUGCCUGACCGGUCGCAUCGGUGCUGUGUACCAUAUCUCGUUUCCGGUCAUGUCUCGUGCUUCUUUUGGGAUCUGGGGUUCUCUGUGGCCCGUCUUUAAUCGUGCAGGAAUGGCCUGCGUAUGGUACGGCGUUCAAGCCUGGAUCGGUGGUGAAUGUGUGACCCUGAUGAUCAGAUCCAUUUGGCCUUCAUUUUACACCCUGCACAACGGUAUCCCCAGCUCGGGCACCAACACAAGAGAUUUCGUCGGUUUCUUUAUCUUCUGGGUGGGCUCUCUGCCGGCAAUCUGGUUCCCAGUCCAUAAGAUUCGACAUCUCUUCACCGUCAAGGCUUACUUUGUACCUUGUGCCGGUAUAGCCUUCUUCGGCUGGGCAAUUGCAAAAGCCAAUGGUAUCGGGCCGAUCGUUCACCAGCCAGCAACGGCUUCAGGAUCUGCUUUGGCUUGGGGAUGGAUCUCAGGCAUAAUGAGCGCGAUUGCCAACUUCGCAACACUCAUCGUCAACGAUGCUGAUUUCACCCGGUUCGCCAACAGACCUAAGGCUGCGUUGUGGUCGCAACUCUUCACGAUUCCCAUCGGGUUCGCGAUUACCUCCUUUAUCGGCAUCAUUGUGUCCUCCUCGUCGAUGGUGAUCUACGGCACCGCCAUUUGGAAUCCUCUAGACCUCCUCUCCCAAUUCCUCCUAGACGAUGCCACGGGAGCCGAACGGUUUGGUGUUUUUGUCAUUGCCGCUGCCUUUGUUCUGGCUCAAUUGGGGACCAAUAUCGCAGCAAACAGCGUGUCGGCGGGUACCGAUAUGACGGCUCUCUUCCCGCGCUACCUCAAUAUCCGUCGCGGAGGGUAUAUUUGCGCCAUCAUCGGGCUUUGCAUGUGUCCGUGGAAUCUGCUCAGCUCAUCCAACAAUUUCACGACAUAUCUAUCGGCGUAUUCCGUCUUCCUAUCGUCCAUCGCCGGCGUGAUUCUCUGCGAUUAUUACUUCGUUCGCAAAGGGUACCUUGAUUUGAAGGGACUCUACUCCGCUCAGAAGUCCUCUCCGUACUUCUAUUGGAUGGGAUGGUCCUGGAGAGGAUACGUCGCCUAUAUCUGCGGCAUAUUGAUCAACGUCGUGGGUUUCGUGGACGCCAUUGGAACCGAGGGCCGUAUGCCAAUGGGCGCAGUCUACAUCUACCGCUUCAACUUCUUUUGCGGCCUGCUCGUCGCCAUGGCCGUCUACUAUCUCCUGUGCUGGUGGAAGCCCGUCCCCGCCACCAGCAGCGUGUGGUGCGAGAAGCCCGACGCCGCCGACCGCCAGUUUUCCGUCGUCUAUACCGAAGGCGAAGGCUACGACGAGGAACGAUCGACGGGGACAGAUGCGCUCGGUAAACAGCCCAUGCACGGGGAUGAGAAGACGACCGUGUACGACGACAAGACGCGGGAGACCACUUUUUGA